AUGGCUCUCAUUUCAACUUCUCUCCAUUUUGACUACUCUUACUCUAAAACAUGGUCAUGGUUAAGCAAGAACACCAACGGAAUUGAUGAUUUCUCACGCCUCUUCUUCACCCUUGUUGGUAUUUUUGCUGUUUUUUGGGUGCGAUUCGUCCGCAAGACAAAGGAACUAAUGUUAGCGAACGAUCACGUAGUUGAUUCUGUUGUUCACGAGCGGCUCAAGUCAAUGAGGAAGCAAGAAGAGAUGGCAGGAAGAUCCAAGGUCCAAGAAUCCCUUCACGAUGAGCCAUCUUAUGGCCUUGUUAUUGAAGUGAUUAAACAACCAGAGAUAAUGAGGGAAGUCCAGCAAGAGUUGGAGGAAAUUGUGGGAAUGAAUGAUGUGGCAGAGGAGUCUCAUACCAAAACUGAUAUAUCUAAAUUCUGUAAUGAAGGAGGUCUUGCGAUUGCAUCCAGUCUCUCGUCCUCUGGUUCCUCAAAGUGCAGACACAUCCUGUCCUAUUUCUCACGCCUCUUAUUCACCCUUGUUGUUGUUUUUGCAGUUUUUUGGUAUACAUGGAUGUACAUCAAAUCCAAGAAUAAGGGGAAGCCACCAUCCCCACCAGGCCCUCGAGGCCUCCCCUUGGUGGGAAACCGUCCCUUCCUUCAACCUGACCUUCACUCCUACUUCGCCGAACUAGCUCGUACCUACGGACCUGUUGUGAAACUCCAGCUCGGGAGCAAGAUUGGGAUCCUGGUGACCUCUCCAUCCGCCGCCCGGGAAGUACUUAAAGACCAAGACAUCGUGUUUGCCAACCGUGAUGUGCCUGUGGCUGGCAUGUUAGUGACGGGCGGGCGUGAUAUAGUGGGGAACCACUACGGUCCUGAAUGGAGGAUGUUGAGAAAGGUUUGUGUACUCAAGAUGCUUAGCAACGCUACUUUGGACAAAGUUUAUUCUCUUCGCCGUACAGAAGUACGAGAAACCGUGAGUUAUAUGCAUAGCAUGGCCGGAUCGCCUGUAAACGUCGGUGAGCAAAUGUUUUUAACUAUAUUCAUCAACAAACCAGAAGUCAUGAGAAAAGCACAGCAAGAAUUGGAAGAAGUGGUUGGCAAAGACAAGAUCGUAGAAGAAACCCACAUUUACAAAUUACCAUAUCUACUUGCAAUUAUGAAAGAGUCGUUGCGUUUGCACCCAGCCCUCCCUCUCCUAGUCCCGCACAGCCCCAGUGAAGACUGUACAGUUGGCACCUACGCUAUCCCUAAGGGUUGUAGGGUGUUUGUCAACGCCUGGGCAAUUCACAGGGAUCCUUCUGUCUGGGAAAAUCCGUUGGAGUUCAACCCUGACAGGUUUUUGAACAGCAAAUGGGAUUUUAGUGGGCGUGACUUUAAUUAUUUUCCAUUCGGAUCUGGCAGCAGAAUCUGUGCUGGAACAGCGAUGGCUGAGAGGAUGGUGUUGUAUUCAAUUGCCACGCUCUUGCAUUCUUUCGAUUGGAAAGUGGCAGAAGGUAUGAAGUUGGAUCUUACAGAGAAGUUCGGGAUUGUCUUGAAGUUGAAGAAUCCACUGGUUGCGGUUCCGACGCCAAGGUUAUCGAUUCCUGCUCUUUAUGAAUAAAAAUUUUAGAUUGGAAUCCCGAUGCCCAUGCUGA